UUUUUUUAUGGUUAAUCAAUACCAUUAUUGAAGCUCAUAUGGUAUUCUCAAUUCGAGAAUCCAAUCUGAAGUGUUACAGUAUAAGAACUCAAACAAUGAGGAACUCUAUCUACUCGCGUACUUAACACAAAACAAUACCAGUAAGAUGACAGUCACUCUGCAAUUGACUAUUCCCCAGACAAACCAGCUAAAGAGUACUCCUAAUCUUGUAGACUAAAUGUUAUUGAGAAACAGCUUGUCCACCAUGGCAUCUACUACAUCUUUCCCUCCAUAUCAACCUUACCACAACAUUCCACAUUAAUCUUUCAAUCUUAGCCUCAGCCUUCUUACCUCCAAACUUCUGAAUCGCCCACUGCACAUACUGAUCAUACUGAGAGAUUCCCCUGUACUGCACCUGAAGAAGUCGCAAGCAGCUCUGCAAUACAGCCUUGGAAUACAUACAUAAAGAACAAAUGAUUUCUUGAUUCAUGGCCUCUGCUGCAAAGCACACAACUGUCAUCAGCUUCAGCUUCUCCCUUGUAAAUAUCCUGUCUUUUAUCACAAGCCAACUAACUAAACUGUGUCUGGGCACACAGUAGUGCUCCCAUGUCAAAGCAUACCAAGCUACUUUAGGGGCAACCAUUCUCAGGUCAUUUCCAUUCUGUUUUCACUGAGAAUUUAUGCAAGAUUUUCCCAUUCCAGAAUACCUGAGUGUUCCAGCAUGUAAGAAACUGCUCAACUUUAUCUCUUGUUUUUAAAACCUUCUUCCAGUCCCAUUUCCCUAGCUGGGAUAAGCUAAAAAGUAAAAAUAUGCUAACAUUAACCAGGAAUGACCAACACUGGGUACAAAAUUUUCAGUAAAUGGAUACAGAAAAAAGCGACAAUCUACCGACCCAAAUGAGCAUAGGUAUGAAUGUUGAUAAAGCACGCUCCCUUUACUAGAUCCCAUGCAGAUUUUUUAUAACCAUUCGAUUGAAGCAACAAAAGCAGACCUGGAAAUCAAUACGACUCGUGGGUUGGGGAUUUUUCUUGCAGAGUGAGAGAUUCUUGUUGUUGUUUCUGUCGCUCUUCUUCUUGCGCUUUCAGGAGGAAAGGUUUGAAGCCGAUCUCCAUUGUCAAGUACCCAAAAGCUAAAGCCCCCAUCACCACUAGCCCUGAUCGAAUCGCGUUCAACUUCGUCUGUUGCCUCAUCUUUAUUUCAGCCUUCUCUGCUUCCGCGUUCCCUUAGUUCCUAGGAAGUCGCCGGGAUUUCGCACUCGUCGACACUCGACACCACUAACGAUCCACGGCUGAGACUUUGUCUGGCUUCCUGUUUGGGCCGAAGCCUUUCUUAAUUCUGUUCAUGGAGUUAGCUCUUUUUCCAGGCCUGGCCCAUACGCAAGGCCAACCACCUCAGCCGAAACAGCGUUGCCUAGUCUUGAUCGUUUCUCCUCCGUGGCCGCCACCACAGCUAAACCAAGUGCUUAGUCAGCAUGGCGAUUGAAACUAACCCAACGGCAGAUGCCCAAUUCUCCUCUCUUUUAGUCUAGAACCCAACCGAACAGGCGAACACCAUGCCGAUGAAAUAUGCAGAAUCAGUCAUCGACACAAUCUCCGACUACCUUUGAUUCCCGGCCACGAUUUUGACAGAUAUUUUGUAAGAAAAGGGAGGCUUGCGCUUGUUGGGUGGCGUUCGGUGAUGUUAGUUAACCAUGGAAUGAAUCAGUUAGCCUCGUUGAGCAUUGCCCGGAGUUACUCGUUCGCUUCAUCAAUUGCUGCUGUUCUGAGAAGGCAGAGUUUCUUGAUCAGGGCACGGGGAGGAGGUGUUCAUAAUAAAGUUCAUAGUACUACUGCUGGCAUUACAAUGCAAGAGACUGAGGCUGAUGCUGUGAGCAUUUUGAGAGCAAUCACUCCUACUUUGGACCCAACUCGACAUAAAGGCCAGGCAGGGAAAAUAGCUGUGAUUGGAGGGUGCCGGGAGUACACUGGAGCUCCUUAUUUUGCUGCUAUCUCGGCCUUGAAAAUCGGUGCAGACCUGUCCCAUGUAUUCUGUACCAAAGAUGCUGCUCCUGUUAUCAAGAGCUAUAGUCCCGAGUUGAUCGUUCACCCGGUUUUGGAGGAGUCUUAUAUUGUAGCUGAGGUCGAUAAAUGGAUGGAGAGAUUCGAUUGUCUUGUGGUUGGGCCUGGUCUUGGAAGGGACCCAUUUCUUCUGGAUUGUGUCAGUGAAAUCAUGAAGCAGGCAAGGCAUUCGAAUGUUCCAAUUGUUGUAGAUGGGGAUGGACUCUUUCUUGUUGCAAACAGUCUUCAUCUGGUUCAUGGUUAUCCCUUGGCCGUUCUUACCCCCAAUGUGAAUGAAUACAAGCGACUGGUUCAGACGGUUCUCAAAUGCGAGGUCGAUGAUGCUGAUGCACACGGACAAUUAUCAUCUCUCGCUAAACAGAUUGGUGGUGUAACCAUCUUAAGGAAAGGAAGAUCUGACCUCAUCAGUGAUGGUGAUAUAGUGAACUCUGUGAGCAUCUGUGGGUCACCUCGGCGGUGUGGGGGGCAGGGUGAUAUCCUCUCCGGAAGCUCUUAGACCUGACAGAUGACCGAUACUUCCAAACCACUUCAAAUAUUCACCAGUAUGUCACCAACCCAUGAACUAAUUUCCUGGCAACCAACUGAAACCAUUUAAAACCAACCUGCAACCGCAUUAACCCUCAAACCCAACCAACAAACUCACCAACCCCACCCUAUCUGCCACCCCUAUAUGCCUGUGUUUACAAAGGAAAGUUAGUCAUUGAUUAUCUUCCUUUUUUGUUGGUACUAGUGUUGCAGUAUUUCUAUCUUGGGCACGCCAAACCAUUCGUAGCUGCUGACAGGAAUCCAACUGUUCUAGGUUGCAUUGCCGGCUCAGCUUUACUCAGGAAGGCUGCAUCUCUCGCUUUCGAGACCCGAAAAAGAUCGACUCUAACCACUGAUAUCAUCGAGUGUCUGGGAAGAAGUUUGGAGGAUAUCUGCCCAGCCUAUUGAGCUUCAUCUUUAUAGUGUUCUUCUUCCACCUAAAGCUUCUUCUUGUUAGUAAGUUGCUGGGUUUUCGUACAUGUACGGGUUCUUCUCUGUUCAGUUGCAAUGUAUAAACACUAUAAUGAAAGGAUUAGCUACAUUUUGAUGAAACCUUGUGCUGAAGAAUCAUACCACUUUCAUGCUCUUACAUCUAGUACGAAACAACUUAUGGGUCUCAUGGUAGACCCAUUGUGGAUUCCACGGAAGAAUGCUUUUCUGGUAUUCUAAGGGUGAAAUGUGGAUCCAUACAACACGAUGGGCUGUUGAAAUCUUAGGUUAAAUCAGUCUUUAAAAUACAUGUCAUGUUAAAACCCGUGUAUUGUUGUAACACAUGGGACAAUCAAGU